AUGAAUAUUGCAAACGAGAUUUUAUGUGUCAAGGCCCACAAAGAAACUGACAACGAAGGUAAAAAUAUUUUUUGGAAUGGAGACAUCGAAGUAGAAAAAGUCUCGAAACCUUCUUCAGCUAAUGACAAGAAAUGCAUUGAGAGAUACAGAUGUCUUACAUUCAACUCAAUUUCAACUCUUACAGAUAGUACUAGCUACUCCCCGCCUCCCUUAUCUGACAGUGGAGAGCACUGUGUUUCACACAUACGUGGAAAGAUAUGUGCCAUUUUGGUUUUCCCAAAUCAAGAAAAUUUUCAAGAUCACAAACAAUCUAGCAAGUAA